AUGUUUGCAUCAGCAGAUGAACUGUUCGGCUAUUCUUCAAUUAUCUUAGGAGUUGCACCAUUAGCAACUCAAUUGGGUUUAUCUCCAAUCUAUUGGAUAUUGUUGUUUCCUAUUGUUGCUUUACCUGUUUUCUCACUUUUACUUCCAUUAGGACAUCUAGCCAAUACUGGUCCUGUAUUAACAUACAAGCGGAUUGUUCCUCUCGCUUCAGGUAUCGGAUGGGGAUUAACAUGGCUGAUCGGCGAACGAUUGUAUGUAGAAGGACUUCGAGCUGUUCAAAAUCUCUUUUACAUCGUCUUCUCUAUACGUACACAGCUUACAUGGGCUACACAGUGUGGCUCCAACUAUAAUUCCAAAUACUGUAUGGACUUCUUUGAAGAGAACAUUACUGUAGCCGAUUAUCAUCAUUAUCCGGAUAACUAUUGGCCAGCACAAGAGUUCAACAGAUACUACGUACGGGGAAAUGCCAUUUCGGACAAAAUGCCAGACGCUUGGGAACCUAAUGAGUGGUAUCUUGGACAUUCGACUGAACUUUUUGAGUUUGCUUGGCCUUCUGUUCGUUUAACUUUGGGACAUGCCCUCAUUUGGAUACUAAUUCUGAUAUGUGUUGAGAAACUUCAACAAGGCUCUCAAUCCUGGUUCAUUAAGAUCUUCGUUGUACUUCCUGUAGCGUUGUAUACUGUUCUGAUGAUGGGGAUGUCAGUUAGUGGGUUCCAUUUCGGUUUACCUUCAAUACAAACGGAAAUUGACGAGCAGAAAAGAGAUUCAGACCCAUUCGAUUUCUGGGCAGAUGUUCGGGGAUUAUUCCGUACAUCGUUGCUACUUGUCGACUACUCUGCUGCUUUCACGGGAAUCAUUCUGUAUGCGACUAGUCGUGUUAAGAUUGGUUCUUCCCAAUUGAAUCCUUAUUUCUUAUUGAGUGCCCUACUUGUUGUUCCAACUAUGCUCACAAUACUUCGAAGUGGGUGCGAAGGUCACAUAACAGAUCUCCAACCAGCUUACAAAGCUUACAUCUCAACAGACGAAACCAUAUCAUUUGAUUUAUUACCUGUCUGCUUCGCUACAAGUAGAUUCGGACCCUUAUGGUCAGUUUUGUAUUUCACGGCUCAACUUCUUUACUCUUCUAUUGGUCCUAUGGUUAUCUAUACUUCAUUCAUAUACCAAUCUUUCGUGGAUGAAAUUCCCACAGUCCAAAACAAGUGUAGGCUGUUCCUUGUUUCAUUCACCUGCGUCAUAUCAGUCCUCUCACUCUUCCUCUACAUGCCUAUGGGUACUAAGAUUACUUUGUUAUUCCGUUAUGCUUCUCAGUCUUCAAUUCUCCAAAUUCUCUGUUUCAUUGUUAUCUUCUUCGUAUAUGGUUGGCAGACAGUGGAAGCUGACGUUCUAACCAUGUCAAACGAAAAUGGAGCUGUGUCUUUCCUAAACUACCUCUUACGACCAACAUCUCCUAUUUUCACAAUUCUCUUGUUCACUGUCAUUCCAGCGUUGUUAUGUGCCAAGUUUGUAGCUGUGUUUGAUCUUCUUGUUGAUGGUAAUGAUAUUGUUAAACAUAUUGAUGCUGGUGCAUCCUUCAUUCCUGGAACUGUGUUCACUAGACGUCUAAUAGGAUAUGGAAUCAUGUUCAUGCCCAUUUUCAUUGUAACUGCUUAUGCUUCUUACACCAUGUACUCCAUGUGUAUCCGACAUAAGCUUCCUUACGUAGACUUAUUGAAAUCCACAACUGAUUGGAUGCAACAUACAUCCGUCAACAACACUAGACCUCGAGAACACUCAUUAGCCUACGGUUUGUUCAACAGCUUAUCACAUAUCAGUUAUAAGACCUUGUUGCUACUUCUGUUCAUCUUUGAAACUUUUGUUGCUUUGGUGCUCAUCUUAAUGUUCUUCCUCAACAGCUUAUCGUUCUUAGGAUUCUCUUCAUCAACUUCUGCCAAUCACUAUCGUUCACUUAUGCUUUUUGUUUUGGUUUUGAGUCAUCUAUAUUCCUUAUAUGAAAUUAGAUCCAGUCAACGAAAUUGGGAUUCUCCAGAAAGAUUAUCAAUUUACAUUGCUGUUGCGACCAUGGAAUGUGCUAUGCUCAAUGGCUAUAUGUGGAUGUUUACAACUGAUCAUUCAUGGGGCAUAGAUGGGCAACCAUUACUCUUGAUCUUCUUGAACACAGUUCUACGAGGAGCAUUCAUUAUAAUGGCUAUUGCAAUAAGAGCACAUAUGACUGAGCUCAUACGUCCACCAACAAGACGUACCCGGGAUGCUUCUGAGAUAUACGAUGUCGAUACUGUCGCUGAAAUGGAUGCGGAAGAUGACAGUCCCAUUAUUUUUGAUGUGGCAAGAGCUUAG